CUGUGGCCUCCGCCUCGUCCUUCUCUCUCUGCGCGCUUCCUCUUUCCGGUUAUGGAAGUCUACUAGAAAGACAUUUAAACUGCAGCUGCUUCGCAGGACUACCACAAAACCAACUCCGGCUCACUCACCGCGUCCACGAUGCCGGUGGCAGUCGGUCCGUACGGCCAGACGCAGCCCAGCUGCUUCGAUCGGGUCAAAAUGGGCUUCAUGAUGGGGUUUGCUGUGGGAAUGGCUGCCGGCGCCAUGUUUGGCACUUUCUCCUGUCUCAGGAUCGGGAUGCGCGGCAGGGAGCUGAUGGGAGGCGUGGGAAAGACCAUGAUGCAGAGCGGGGGGACGUUCGGGACGUUCAUGGCCAUCGGGAUGGGGAUCCGAUGCUGAGGACACGCCCCCCUCCCCUUCACUCUGCUGCUCCCUCUGUCUGCUCUCUAGUUUUGUCAAUAAAAGUCCACGCUCGACACGCUGCAAA